AUGGCAAGUGUCGACCCAGGAUUAUGGCCAUAUACAUCGACUUCCCGUCUCUCCUCGCAAGAAGACUUGGUUGCGGCUCGUGGCUUGUUUCUUGGGACGAUGUUAAGCCCUUUCUGCCGUGUCGCGGCACUGUUCGCCGCGCUAUUCACAUUGACAGAUGCUCAGGCGCAGACGGUCACGACUCUUACGCUCAAUGCAUUGGCAACCGACGCGCCCACCAAUGUCUUCACGAUUCCUACCACAGCGGCAUGGUGUUCAGCCGGCGGCACAGGUGUACCAGGUCCCAGUCCGGCUCCACCGGUUGGUGGUGUAUACAACGAUAUCAAUGGCAAUUACUGGAGAGUGCAGUGCGCAUACGACUGGACGGACAACACUGUCAUGGGCAUCAUGUAUCCUGGAGAUCCAGCCUCAGGUGCCGUGACGAAUGGUCAAGGUCUGUUCUCUUGCUUUCAGGGCUGUGCUAAAAGACCUGGGUGUGUUGGUUUUGUGUACUACGGUACAACUACAGGUGCACGAACUGGUGCCGGGCUAUGCUUAAAUCGUAUACGGGGCGGCAGGAACACUGGAAGCCUUUACUACAGCAACGGCUGCAAUCCGGGCAACACAGGUUGCAAUCCUGCCAACAGAGAUGAUCAGCGAAAGGUUUACGCUGCUGGAUAUCUGCUCCAAUCCAGCCCGACCCUACUCUGCCCGUAUUACGAUGGUCAGAUCUAUACUGAUAACAGUGGGGUUCAAUGGGAGAUUUUCUGUGGCUGGUCAGGUCCAGUGCCAGGCACAACCGCUCAAGUCGAGAACCUGCCAGCGUGCAUCAGCCAGUGUGCUACACGGACUCAAGCCGCCGCCUCCUGCGUGGGAGUCCAGUAUGCAUACAGUCCCACGGGUGAACAAGUCCCAGGUGCCGCAGCGACCACUCACGGAUCAUGCACUUUUCACGUAGGACAACAGGCCCGUCCAGUCGGAGGAGGCACCACGCAGUACAACUACGUACGUCGAUAUGCCGCAGCCUCUGCAGCUCCUGCUCCUACCUUUGGACAGACUUUCCCGAGCACCAACGAUCCCACCGUGAUCUGUCCCGACUAUAACGGCCAGACAUACUACAAUCGAUACAACGUGCCGUACGAUGUUGCCUGCGGUGCAGAUUGGGGAGGUGGAGCGCCCGGCAACAUGUUUGGACCAAUUGUCACCCCCGAUUUUGACUCCUGCAUGCUGUAUUGCGACAACUAUGCAGGUUGCGGUGCAGUGGUGUAUAGCAACAGCAAUAACCAGUGCUAUGGCAAGCAGCCUGCGUCGAAUGGAGGCUAUUUUACGUCGAUGACGGGGAGUGCGUUCGUGGCUCUUCACCACUGUCUCGGUCUCGAUCUCAGUGCAGACAAUAACUUACAGCUCAAUUUUCACGACAUCCUUUGGGCUAACGACAACAGCCAUAUCGACGCGCGAAAUCACUUAUACCUCUUCAUUAACUAUCACGAGCCUCGUGCCGACUACACCAGCGGUGACUUUCACGAGCCUUAUCAGUCUUCCACAGGGCACAACUACCUCAAUAUCUAUCCAACCCGCCUCAACUCUGCGGAUCACUUCGACUUUGCCGGCAGUUACCUCCACUUUGCCGGCAUCCACGGCUACGACCACGGCCACCAGUGUUGUUAUCUCUACGAGCAUCCAACCAGCGGUGACAUAUACGAGCCUUAUCAGUCUUCCACAGGGCACGACCACAUCAAUAUCUAUCCAGCCCGCUUCAACUCUACUGAUAACCUCGACCUUGCCUGCCUCUACGGCCACAACUACGGCCACCGCUACUUUCACCCCGCCAGCGGUCACGACGACUUCGAUCUCCCUUUCGUCGUAUCCGGUCACUUACACGACUUUAUCCUCUUAUCCUGUGACGCAAACCUCGAUAUCUAUCUCAUUACCUACACAACACUGUCCUCUUACCCUGUCACGCAAACCUCGAUUUCGGUCUCGGUUUCAUCAUAUCCAGUAACAUUGACCACUACAACAAGUUACGGAUUCACGGUUACCUCUGUGUCCACGUCGGUCCAAUCGAUCACGUACACAUCUCUCUCCGUCUCGAUAUCGUCUUACCCCGUCACUGUCGUCAGUACGACAGUAUCUUCGUACGGCGUCACGACAACACAGCCGACGACAAUAGUCUCCACGAGCUUGAGUGUUAGCAGCUUUGGAGUGACCACGACGCAGCCUACAACGAUUGUCUCGACAUCCUUGAGCAGCUACGGAGCUACCUCAACCCUCAUCAGUACACAAGUCUCGACCUUUGUGACCAGCAUUCCCUACACGCUUACAUCAACGACAAUCCUUGUGAGCACCCAAUUCACCACAUACGUCACCUCGCUGGUCUCGACGGCACCUCCAGUCACGGUUGUAUCGACUAUCCUAAGCAGCUACCCAUACACAACUUUGCUGGUUUCCACAGCUUCAGUCACAGUUCCUACGACUAUUUACAGCACGAUCUUGAGCAGCUACCCCUACACUACAACGCUUGUGAGCACCCGGGACAUCACCUCGACCUUGCCAGCUUCCACCGUUACUACCCUGUCGAGUUAUGGAGUUACGACAACAUCGGUCUCGGUUUCUAGCUAUCCAUUUACUGUGCUGUCAAGCUUUCCGGUAACUACAACCAAUGUCGUGACAAGUACACAGCUCUCGAUACAGGUCACUACGGCGCAAGGAACUACAGUAACCCAGACAUCCACGAGCCUGGUUGUGAGCACGGUUCUGUCCAGCUACUACAUUACCACAACUUCAAUUAGCGAACGGCCAACCACCAUCGUUUCUACGUACGUCAGCAGCGUAACGACGACCGCAGUCACCACGCAGUCUGCGAGCACAAUUACCACCACUGCACCCACGACCAUCGUAUCGACAUCCCUAAUCGUCUCUACGAGCAUCCAGCCAGCGGUCACGUUUACUAGUUUGCAAGGCACAACCACGGUGCUUUCGAUCCAGCCAGCCUCUACCCAAUUCAUUACUAGCACCCAGGUCAGUACCGCACCGGCAAGUACGAUUACGCAGACAACCGUCUCCACGAGUCUUGUUGUAUCGACGAGUAUCCAGCCUGCGGUCACCUUUACGAGCCUACAGGGUACUACAACGGUGCUUUCUGUUCAGCCAGCUUCGACCCAGCUCAUCACGAGUACCCUAGUGAGCACCGCACCUGCUAGCACGGUCACCCAGACGACCGUCUCGACAAGCCUUGUUGUAUCAACGAGUAUCCAGCCUGCGGUCACCUUUACGAGCCUGGAGGGUACUACAACGGUUUUGUCUGUUCAGCCAGCUUCAACGCAGCUCAUCACGAGUACCCUGGUCAGUACAGCGCCUGCUAGUACUGUCACCCAGACAACGGUUUCAACAAGCCUUGUUGUAUCAACGAGUAUCCAGUCUGCGGUCACCUUUACGAGCCUGCAGGGUACUACAACGGUUCUGUCUGUUCAGCCAGCUUCAACGCAGCUCAUCACUAGUACCCUCGUCAGUACAGCGCCUGCCAGCACAGUCACGCAAGUCAGUACACAGCCAGCGAGUACGGUCACGAGCUUGGUCAUCUCAACCAGUAUUGCACCCGCUGUCACCUUCACAUCUCUCCAGGGUACAACGACGGUUCUCUCCGUUCAGCCAGCAUCAACUCAACUCAUUACAAGCACGCUGGUUACUAGUGAAGUCAGCACAGCUCCUGCAAGUACAGUGACGCAAAUUAGCACAGCUCCAGCGAGUACGGUCACGAGCUUGAUCGUUUCGACAAGCGUCGCCCCUGCGGUCACUUUCACGUCUCUCCAAGGCACGACAACGGUCUUGUCCGUCCAACCUGCAUCGACUCAAUUGAUCACGAGCACCCAAAUCACGACAGCUCCAGGGACUACCAUAGUCUCGACUUUUGUUUCCACACAGGUCAGCACAGCUCCUGCGAGCACAGUCACGAGCCUCAUCAUUUCGACUAGCAUCGCUCCUGCAGUCACUUUCACAUCUGAUCUGGGCACGACAACGAUUUUGUCUGUACAGCCUGCAUCAACCCAGCUUAUUACAAGUACUCAGAUUACGACGGCUCCAGGGACUACUAUAGUCUCAACCCAAGUGUCGACUGAGGUUGGCACAGUUACAAGCCUCAUCGUUUCGACAAGCAUCGCCCCUGCAGUUACCUAUACCAACCUGAUCACCCUCCUUGAAGGCACGACGACGGUUCUUUCAAUCCAGCCUGCAUCGACCCAACUCAUUACAAGUACCCAAAUCACUACGGCCCCAGGAACAACCGUCACAUCGAGUGUGGUGUCGACCUUGGUAACGACCGAAAUCAGCACGGCCCCUGCCAGCACGAUCACAAGCCUAAUCGUCUCAACUAGUAUUGCACCAGCAGUCACAUACACCAAUCUGAUUACCCUUCCGGAGGGAACUACGACAGUGCUCUCGAUACAGCCGGCUUCAACAGAGCUCAUCACCAGUACGCAGAUCACUACAGCUCCGGGCAGUACAGUCGUGUCCAGUGUCGUGUCAACCUUGGAUCGUACCACAACUGCUCCGGGAAGUACAAUCACCGAGACCACUCAGGAAGUAUCCACAAGCCUCAUCAUCUCGACUAGUGUAGCUCCUGCCGUGACGUUUACUAGUCUUGUAAGCCUUCCCGAAGGAACCACGACCGUGCUUUCGAUCCAACUAGCAUCAACGGAGUAUAUUACGAGUACCCAGCUCAGCACCAUUGUAUCCACUUUGGACCGCACCACGACGGCUCCUGGGAGUACAAUCACGGAGACAACCCGGGAGGUCUCCACGAGCCUCAUAGUAUCAACUAGUGUGGCUCCAGCGGUGACGUUCACAAACGUUGUCACUCUCCCUGAGGGGACCACGACGAUACUAUCAGUACAGCCUGCAUCAACGGAGUACAUCACGAGCACCGAGGUCAGCACGGCCCCAGCCAGCACCGUUGUCUCCACUUUGGACCGCACAACGACUGCUCCUGGAAGCACGAUCACGGAAGUCUCUACAAGCUACAUCGUCUCGACCAGUGUAGCUCCAGCGGUGACAUUCACGAACCUUGUCACUCUGCCGGAGGGCACCACCACAGUACUUUCAGUGCAGCCUGCGUCAACUGAGUACAUUACAAGCACACAAGUCAGCACGGCCACUUUUAUCUCCAGCGUAGUCUCAACACUCGAUCGGACAGAAACGACCACCAGUAUCGCCAUCUCUACGAGCGUCCAACCAGCGGUGACAUUCACAAACCUUAUCACUCUGCCGGAAGGAACCACUACUGAGCUGUCCAUUCAGCCAGCUUCAACACUGUUCAUUACUUCCACGCUCCCACAAGCCACGAGUACGCUGGAACAAACGACGACCACUAUCGUCAUUUCAACGAGCGUCCAACCAGCGGUGACAUUUACAAGUCUUAUCAGUCUGCCGGAGGGCACGACUACGGUCCUCUCAAUCCAGCCUGCUUCAACACAGUUCAUUACUUCAACGCUUCCGCAAGCCACCAGCACUCUUCAGAGGACGACCACUGAUGUCUCGAUCCUGGUGACCACUUUGAUCUCCUCGGUUCCGCCGGUUACUAUGACGACAUCUGUUCCCUACACUGUGCUUUCGAGCUACCCGGUCACGACCACCCUAGUGUCAUUGCAGGAUGUCACAUACACAACUUCUUUCGUUUCGACAUCGCUUGUGGUCACCACAGUGUCAGGUAUGGCCAGGGAGCGCCAUUACGGAGACGACGACAUCUGUCGUCUUUAG